AUGGAGUACGACGACUCGUUUCAAACAUGGCUACAUGAUGCUGAAAUGGAAUUGGAUCUCUGUACUUUCUUCCCAGAAUUUUGCACAGAGAAAAUGUCUUCGUCUUCUUCUUCAUCUUUGGAUGUUGAAGUUACUGCGAAUCAGAGAGAAAAAACUGAUCACAAUCAUCAAUUAGCAGAUCAGACACUGUAUCAUCAAACUGAAACUAAUUCCAUUGCUCCUCUCACUUUCUCUGACGCUUCUGAUGGAAAUCUUCAUGUUGAUGCUGAGAAUAGGGUAUUGCCAGCUGCAAGGAAAAAUUAUGGUGUGAACUGCGAGAUUGAGUGUGAUGAUGGAGCCAUGAACAAGGGCCAACCAGAAGGAGACAAGUGGCAUAGGAGCAGCAAAAAGACUGCUUUGCCCCUUCCGCAACACAUAGUCGUUGAGAGAAAGCGAAGACGAGAAAUUAACCAGAGGUUCUUGGCACUGUCAAAAGUGGUACCAGGCAAUAAGAAGAAGGAUAGAGCUUCUAUACUUGGAGAAGCAGUGAAAUACAUGAAAGAUCUUCAAGAACGCAUCAAGAAGCUGGAGGAGAAGAACAAGAAGAAAGUGGUGGAAUCAGUAGUUUUUGUGAAGAGAUCUUCAUCAUCUUCUUGUCCAUCUAGUGGUAAUAAUCAAUAUUAUUGUAACCCUAGUUACGAGGAGCCAAACAGAAAUGACGACAGCUUGAGCAACAGAAACAAAAGAAGGUGGAGUUUACUGGCUGAAGAAGAAAUCAUAAUCGAAGCAAAAGUGAUAGAAAGGAGUUUGCUGAUUCGAGUUCAUUGUGGGAAUCACAACGCAAUCCUUCCAACGUUGUUGGCUGCAAUUUCUGAGUUUCAUUUGAUUGUGCUCACUGCUAAUGCUAUUCCUUUUGGGAAGCACAUCGACAUCACUGUCAUUGCUCAGAUGGGAGUUAAUUUCUACAUGAAGACGAAGGAUAUUGUGGACCGCUUGCGCGUGGCAUUAUCAAAUGACAAAAUUCCAAAAUAA